ACUUCUCCGAAAGAUAGCCACCGUCUUCAGUGCUGUCCUCUUCUUCGAUUGAGUUGCGGCUGCUGUCUUUCUCAAUCAAGUCAGAUAAGAAGUAAUCGCCUCGAUUGCCUGAUCUCGUCCACUGAUGAUAACGGAUCUCCCACGCGGCUGCCCGGCAGGUAGCUGUCUCAUGAAAAAUACGCGAGAAGAGGUCGUCUAGCUCAGCUGAUACAUCAUCAGGCAACACAUAAUCCAGACUAAGGGCUUCGUCACAGGAAAUGAAAGGGGUUUCACGAUAGCACAGCCGAUAGAGCAGUACACCCAGCGCCCAGCAGUCAGCAUCUUUACCGUUGAAGUUUUAUGAUGUGA